AUGGAAGGAGUGAGCGCACUGCUGGCCGGCUGCCCCACGGCAGGCCUGGCCGGCGGCCUCGGAGUCACAGCGUGCGCGGCAGCCGGUGUGCUGCUCUACCGAAUCGCUCGGAGGAUGAAGCCGACCCACACUGUUGUCAACUGCUGGUUCUGCAACCAGGACACGGUCGUGCCCUAUGGGAACCGCAACUGCUGGGACUGUCCCCACUGUGAGCAGUACAACGGCUUCCAGGAGAACGGUGACUACAACAAGCCGAUCCCUGCGCAGUACCUGGAGCAUCUUAACCACGUGGUCAGCAGUGUGCCCAGCCCCCAGGACCCCACACAGCCUCAGCAGUGGGUGAGCAGCCAGGUCCUGCUGUGCAAGCGGUGCAGCCAUCACCAGACCACCAAGAUCAAGCAGCUGGCCGCCUUCGCCCCUCGGGACGAGAGCAGGUAUGACGAGGAGAUCGAGGUGUACCGGCACCACCUGGAGCAGAUGUACAAGCUGUGCCGGCCCUGCCAGGCGGCCGUCGAGUAUUACAUCAAGCACCAGAACCGCCAGCUGCGCGCCCUGCUCGUCAGCCACCAGUUCAGGCGCCAGGAUGCCAACCAGUCCUGCAUGCAGAGCUUCUGCUCCUCCGCAGUGAAGGCCCCCAUACAGGUCAUCGUGCUCCGCGCCCUCGCCUUCCUGGCCUGCGCCUUUCUGCUGACCACCGCACUCUACAGCACAGGCGACCCCUUCGCCCCAGGGGCUGCACUGCCACCUGCCCUGCCACCCGGUGGCAAUAGCUCCACCUCCACCGCACCUGACAACAGUUCUGUGCCAGAGAGUGAAGGCUGGCGGCAGCUGCUGGGCCUGCUGCCUGAGCCUGCAUUGGCGACACUUCGGGAGGCCUGGGCUUUCGGGCAGAGCCACCAGACAGCCAUCGCAGUCCUUGGCCUGCUCACCUGCCUGCUGGCCAUGCUACUGGCUGGGCGCCUCAGGCUCCGGAGGAUCGACGCCUUCGCCUCCUGUCUGUGGGCCCUGCUGCUGGGGCUGCACCUGGCCCAGCAGUACCUGCAGGCGGCCUCACCCAGCUGGCUGGACACACUCAAGUUCAGCACCACGUCCCUGUGCUGCCUGGUGGGUUUCACAGCAGCCGUGGCCACGAGGAAGGCAACAGGCUCAAGGAGGGUCCGGCCCCGAAGGUACUUCCCAGGAGACCCUGCUGGCCUCUUCCCCACCAUUCCCAACCUGGCCAUCCCCUACUCAGGUGUCAGAGGUGCCUCGCCAGCCAUGUUCAUCCCCACCCCACCUGGCUUCCUCACCAACCAGCAGCUGUUCCGGUCGCCCCCACGGGCCUCGCCCUCCUCCCUGCCAGGCCGCCUCCAUCGGGCCCUCUCGCUGGGGACCAUUCCCUCUCUGACCCGAACAGAAUCAGGGUAUCUGUUCAGUGGGAGCCGCCCACCCUCUCAGGUGUCUCGACCCGGGGAGGUUCCUGUUACAGACUACUACUCUCUGCUGGCGGGGCACUGCCUCACCUCCCCACUGCCCUCCCCAGCACCCUCCGUGGCCGGCUCCAUGGCCUCCAGCUCCAGCUCUCUGCGCCACCGCAGACCCCUCAUCAGUCCUGCCAGGCUCAACCUGAAGGGCCAGAAGCUGCUGCUGUUCCCGGCAACCCCCGGGGAGGUCGCCAACACACCCAGCAGCUCUGAUGAGCCCUCCCCCCACAACGGCCGCCUGGUCACCCUUGAGACGCCCCCAAGGGACACCAAGCACACAGUGGACAUGAGCGCAAUGCCGGCCAGAGACCGAACCUACAGCAGCCGCUCCAUCAAGAAGGAGGAUGACUCAUCCCAGUCGUCAGCCUGUGUGGUGGACACCACCACCAGAGCAGGCACAGAGGAGGAUGCUGCCUGGAGAGGUCGUUUCAGGCCCACCCUGGUCCUAGGCCUCCUGGCAGUGAGCUUGGCUGCCAACGCCCUCUUCACCUCAGCUUACCUGUACCAGAGCCUACGCUGA